AUGGUGGGCUCGCGCCGCGUCCGGAAGCGCUCGACGUCGGUGUGCCCGCUGCUGCCGACGUACGUGGGGCUGCUGGAGCCUCUGCAGCUGUCGCUCCAGUCCGCGCGCGACAACAAGCGCCCGCUCUUCGUGCUGCAAGUCCAGCGACGCGCCAACUGCAACGACGGUACAUGCAGCAGCAGCAGCGUCCGCAGUUCGUGGAGCUCCCCGCGCCCCUUUGAAGACUUUGAGGAGCUGCACCAGCGGCUGACGCUGGCGCUGCAGCACGGCCACUUCUGCAACGCCGGGUGUCCGUGGCUCUUCUCGUUCCUGACCAGCGAGUUCCCCAAGAAGCACAUUCUCCAGCGCAGCUCGAGUCCGAGGAGGGUCGAGACACGGCGAGCCAAGCUGCAGGAGCUGCUCACGUCCACGCUCGAGUUCCUCCUGGACAGGAAGAACCACGCCUGCAGUGUCGCCACGACAAACGUGGCCAAGCUGCUCGCCGAGUUUCUUUACGGGGAGGACGCCAUCGCGCAGUACAUCCUCGAGUCGUACUCUGAGGCGGAGACCACGUCCACGAGCAACAGCAGUCGACGCAGGAGCCUGGGAGUGCAGUGCAGCGACCAAGAGGACGCUACCAGCAACCAAGAUGCUUCCAGCAGCAGCUGCAGCGGAGAAGUCGGCGGUCUCAGCAUCUGCGGCGUGUGCAACGGAGCGCUGGGUGUGGGCUCCGAUGUCAGCCCCGCCAACUCUGCCCGAGGCAGGUCGUCCGUCUACGCGACGGUGUUGAAGUGCGGCCACCAGUUCCACGACGAGUGCAUCGUGCCCGUGCUGAACGAGACGCUGCGCUGCCCGACGUGCCACCACCUCGAGAUCCAGUGA